AUGUCACAAGAGUCAGAUCACAACGUGGAAGAUCGUCUGACAAGACAACCCAUUCGCAACAUCCCCGACUUAAACAUGCAAGCCUUAUUACGAGAAAUAGAGCGACUCCUAGAUCGAAGGCUCAAUCCUAUCGAAGACCGUUUGCUCCAAGUUGAAGUGAAUGGCCAACGUGAAAGAGCACCCGAGAGGGUUAGACCAAGACGGGAAAGGCCAAAUCAGAACCGGGGAAGACGAAGGGUCCAAGACGAUGAAGCAAAUGACCUUAGUGAUCUUGAAAGUGAACAAGAGUCUAAUGCUAGUGAUCAACGUAGGCAACACCGACAACGAGAUCGAAGACGCGAAGAUGAUGAUCUCAAGAACAUUAAACUGUCUAUUCCACCGUUUCAAGGUAGAUCGGAUCCGGAGGCCUAUCUUGAUCGGAGGCUUAACGGUGAAUGUCCUAUCUCUACAUGGACCGAAAUGAAGGCGGUGAUGAGGCGACAAUUUAUCCCUGCGUACUACCACCGGGAUUUGUACCAAAAACUCCAAAAUCUCACGCAAGGGUCCAAAAGUGUCGAGGAUUACUACAAAGAGAUGGAAAUCGCGAUGAUUCGAGCAGAUGUCCAAGAAGAUCCCGAAGCAACGAUGGCGCGAUUCCUGGCUGGUCUAAAUCGAGAUAUAACAAACGUAGUGGAAUUACAACACUACAUUGAAGUGGUUGAUUUGGUCCAUAUGGCUAUCAAGGUGGAAAGACAACUCAAGAGAAAAGGCCCAAGUCGAGGGUUUCCCACUUCCAACCCUUCAAAGUGGAGCCAAGGAUCAAGUAAAGGACCUGCCAAUCCUCGAGGGAAGGAGACCACGGUACCUCCAAAAACCAACAAGCCCAUCUCCGAAAUGAACAAAGGGAAGGCACCCGAAUCGACAUACAAUCGAAAUCGGGAUAUUAAGUGUUUUAAGUGUCUCGGAAGAGGCCACAUAGCAAGCCAUUGCCCAAAUCGAAGGACCAUUGUAUUGCAAGCCGAUGGCGAGAUAGAAACGGAGGAUAAGGAGGAGAAAGAAUCUGAAUCGGCUUCCGAAGUCGAGGAGGACGUGGAACAACCCAUGGAAGGAGAACUACUUGUUGUAAAACAAAGUCUAAGUCUCCAAGGCACGGAGAAUAAUCUACAACGAGAGAAUAUCUUCCACACUCAGUGCCAAGUCGGAGGCAAAGUCUGUAGCGUCAUUAUCGACGGAGGCAGCUGUACCAAUGUAGCAAGUACCAUGAUGGUUGAAAGACUUGGUUUGCCUACUACCAAGCAUCCGAGCCCCUACAAACUUCAAUGGCUCAAUGACGGAGGAGAGCUUAAGGUAACGAAGCAAGUACUUGUCUCUUUCAACAUCGGCAAGUAUUCGGAUGAAGUUCUUUAUGACGUCGUACCAAUGCAUGCGGGGCAUUUGCUACUUGGCCGACCGUGGCAGUUUGAUAGACGAGUUCAACACGACGGGUAUACCAACCGUGGUCUUCCACCACUUCGUGGAAUCGAGCAUCAAAUUGAUUUCGUGCCCGGAGCAAUUAUUCCAAAUCGACCUAUUUACCGAGCCAAUCUGGAGGAGACCAAGGAGUUGCAAAGACAAGUCAAUGAGCUGAUGGAAAAAGGCUACAUUCGCGAGAGCCUAAGUCCUGUCUUUGUUCCGUAUUAUUGGUACCGAAAAGGACGGAACAUGGCGCAUGUGCGUGGAUUGCCGAGCCAUUAA